GUUAAAGUGAAUAUGUUAAAUGGCUUCUGUUGAGAAGUACUCUCAAGAAGAUAAUCUUCUGAAAGAUGCUUUUACUUGUGAUGAUUUAUACUAAAAGCCAAUUACUAUUUAAGCAGGGUAUCAUUCUUUCUAUAGCAUCCCUUUAUCAAACAAAAGCUUGAAAUGGCAAUGAGAAUGGCAGUUGGAACAAAUUAAUAUAUUUUUCUAUUGAUGGGGGAGGAUAAAGGUGAAAUUGCGAUUAUGCUGAAUUUACAAUCACUUCCUAGUGGCACUAAAUAGUUUGAUUAACAUCAGUGGCAAAAAAUAGUAUUAACUGUAAAUGAUGAACCUGAAAAAUUAGCCUAAACAGAAUCUUUAUUUAGUCUCCCUACUGCUUUUAUAACAUUACCCUUGUCCAUGAUUUCUGAUGCUAAAAGAUUAAUAAUCAACUGA